CCAGUCAAUCAUACGCAGAGAAAAAUCGUGCGAUUGGGUUUCUUGAUUAAAUACCAAUUCCCUAUUUAUCAUAAAAAUAAAAUAUCGUGAAAAUGAAAACAAGUGCAAUCAAAGGAACGAUUUCUUUUGAUAUUUCUAAAAAUGAAAUGUUUUUGUUGAUCGAUAAUUACAAAACUUUACAUAGAAAGUUGAAAGCUAACUGGAAAGUUGAACAAAAUGAUGCCGAGCUAACCAAGGAAAAACUAUCAAAUGUAAAUAUUUUCAUCAUUCCGGGACCACAGGAUAAAUUUACCGAGGAUGAAUUCAAAGUAUUGAAGGACUUCAUAGAAAAUGGUGGAAAGCUGAUUGUUAUGUUAGGCGAAGGGGGUGAGAAUGAUUUCAACACAAAUAUUAAUUUUUUCCUGGAGGAGUAUGGGAUGUCAAUCAAUAGCGAUACCGUCGUCCGUCCACAUUACUACAAGAAUUUUCACCCCAAAGAAUGUGUCAUUGGUGGUGGCAUCGUAUGCGAAUCAAUGUGUCGCCAUUUGCUCUCACUGAAUAUAGAGAAAAUCGACUACAAUUUUACUGAUGAAAAAUUCAAAAUCCACUUUCAAUAUCCUUAUGGAGCUACAUUGAACGUAGUAGAUCCUGCUAAUAUUUUAAUGACUACAGGACCAGUAGUGUAUCCUUUUAAUCGGCCACUUGUUGGUUACUAUUGCAAUGAUAAGGGUGGUAAAAUUCUCGCUAUAGGUUCUGGUCAUAUGUUCCAGGAUAAAUACUUGAGUGACAAAACGAAUGAGACCAUUCUUGAUUAUUUGAUUAAUUUGUUAGGAGGCGAAGAUAUCAAAUUUUCGCAUCUGGAUUUCAAUGACAUUGAGAUCAAUGAUAACAAGAUCAUAUCAGACAUCAACUUCAUAGCCGAACAACCGAAACCUUGUCUGAUAGAAACGACUGCUUUCGAUGUCCCGGCAGAUUUCAAAAAAUUAUUUAAUACAAAAUUGCAUUCGUUGAAUAAUGACUUAUUACGUGAAGUCAUAGAUACGUAUCAGAAACUAAAUGUUCAGUACGAGCCACUUAAGAUAAUAAAACCACAAUUCGAGAUACCAUUACCGCCUCUACAGCUUGCGGUAUUUCCACCCGUUUUCAGCGAUCUACCACCACCGAAUUUAGAACUUUUCGAUUUAGAUGAAGCCUUCAGUUCGUCACGAACACAAAUCAUUCAACUUUCGAAUAAAUGUAUUGCGGCGUCGGAGGAUAAGGAGCGGAAAAAGGCUGUCAACGAGAAGGACUUGGAAUACUAUAUUCGAGAGUGUGGGAGAAUCGCCGGUGUCUAUCCGGAGGGACAAGAAAUGGUUGCUAGGGAAAUACUCUACACGAUUGGAGUGAAAAUUGCACAAUACAAGAAACUUGAUAGGGACUAAAUAAUGGUGAUAAUUUGAAAUGGGGUAAGGACCUCUUAUGGGCUGUUCUGUUGUGCUUCGUUGUAUUUGCGGAAUUGGGCAGCGUUUCUAAUUUGAAUUAGAUGAUUUAGAACUUCACUUUGAAGUGAAUUGAUCCUUCCUACUGUACUUCUCAUAAGAGGGGACAGGAUACUUACCAGUAGCACUUACGAUGAACAACCUCCAAUUUAUUAUUAGCAAACAGAAUGGAUGGAUACUUCAAAAAAUAAAUAUAGCACGUGGUACUUUGAAUAAACAGC